AAUCCGACCUAUCUUCAUAGAAAAAAAAUGUUCAGAAAAGAGCAGCAUCCGCGGUAUUCGAGACCCGAACAAAAACGGACAAAAUCGAAUUUGAGAAUGGAUUCGUCAUUAGUGAGUCUUUAGAAUAUAAAUAGAUGUUCUAAGAGUGAGUCGAACCUUAACCUUAUCGUUUGAGACGAUCCCCGUCUCAAAAUUAGAAAUAAUGCAAUAUUUACGUGCAUCUUGAACUUAUAGGUAGGAACGGGGUUAAGAAAAAGAUUUAUCUAUAUCUCUAUGGUCAUGACAUAACCUAUUCUAACAUGUCCUAUUAUUUACAAACAAAAAUUUUCGUCAAUCUUGAUAUCUUUAGGGUAAAAUGUUGGUUUCUUUCAAAUAAUAACAAUAGAAAUAAAACCUCAAUUUAAAAAAUCAACUCAAGAAUAAAUUAUUUACCAUCUCACCACUGUGUGGUUGAUAAUAUGCCUACAAGUAAUCAAGUAUAGUGAAUUGUAAUUGCUUGAAAAUGUUAGAACUUCAAAAAGUAUUGUGGUUGACGUUGAAAAUCGCAGCUUUAGGAGUAGUUCCAUAUAAAACAUGGACAUAUUUUUAUAAUGUAUAUAGAGAAGAAGAACAAUCUUAUCAAGACAAAUUAUUACAUAAAAAAAGACAUGAUUGUGUGGUCAUGUUUUCUCCAGGAAAAGGUCACACUGGUUGGUGUGAAACACAGGAAACCAAUUUGAAUAUUAAUACUAUAAAAUGGCUAUAUGAACCAUUUUUGUAUUUUAUAGAUACAGCAAAAGAAAGUUUAGAUGUUGCUAUAAUGAGUAUAAAUGUGGAUUGUAUAAUAAAGUCUUUAAUAUCUGCAAGUAAAAAAGGUGUGAAGGUUAGAGUGAUAUCUGAUUUUUUUAUGAAUAAAAAAUCAUAUGAUUAUUAUAAAGAGAUGGAGAAAUAUGGAAUACAAAUAACAUUUUAUGUUCCCAAAGAAAACUUCAGUUACAUGCAUACCAAAUACAUAGUUAAGGACUUCAAUAUUGAUGGUGCUGGUUACCUGUUAACUGGUUCUUUUAAUUUAACUUAUGGAGCAUUCAGUAAUAAUUAUGAAGAUGUUGUUUUUACAAGCCAAAGACAAAUGGUAGAAGAUUUCCAGAAUAAUUUUUCAACUAUAUGGGGCACUUUUAGAGAUGAUAAUCAACAAGUAUUUAAUAGGCAUAUUCUUGAAAAUGCAGGUUUUUCAUUGCCUUCAUAACAUUGAUAAAAUGAGUAUUUAUCAUGGAUCAAGUAAAUGACAAAUGGAUCAAUAGUUAUCGUAAACAGUAUUAUAGAAGUCUAUAAUAUAAACUGAUUAAAACAUA